CUGUUUUAAAAAAUGUAAGACAUUCUAAGACGUAGCCCAUUUAGGUUAAUUCUUCUGAACUUUUGCUAACCACGGAACAUUGCUGGUAGCGGCUAUGCGACUCGUUAUUCGCUACGUGAGGAAAUCAAUUCCACUGUUUCUGACCUGCAUUGCUUUUCUGUUCACAGUACGAAUUUGGCGAGUAUGGAACGACAUCAAUUUGAACGUCAAUUUACAAGUAACUCUUUCUCCGGAUGAGCUGUCGAAAACGCACUCAAUAGAAUCAAGCAUUCAAUUGGAUGCGUUGGCAACUCAUGCUGUAACCACAUUCAAUGAUCAACUCCAUACUCAUCGCACUAGACUAUUGAGCACGGCAAUUUGCCCCAACUCGCUGUUUCUUCUUAUUUUGGUGUCCACGAACGUUGGGAAUUUUGACAGGCGCCAUCUAAUUCGCAAGACAUGGGGCGCCGAAUACUCGAUCAAAACCAAGUGGAAAACCGUUUUCCUUCUGGGGAAGAACGACAAACACGAUGAAAUGGGCAAAGUGAGGAAGGAGUCCGAAAUAUACGGCGAUAUGGUUCAAGCAGAUUAUCAUGAACAUUUCUGGAACAUGAGUUAUAAAGUUGCCAUGGGUUUUGAAUGGUCUCUUAAAUAUUGCACUUUUGACUAUCUUCUUAAGUCCGACGAUGACGUGUUUGUGAACACUUUCGGUUUGAUGGAUUUUCUAAGCAAAUAUACGACACCGAAGAAAAAGUUUUAUACCGGGAAUCUUAUGGCUGGAAGUGUUGUUUUGCGAAAUGGCAGAUAUGGUGUCGCACCCGAGGAAUACAAUGAAACCAUUUAUAAGCCCUAUUGUAGUGGUGGAGGUUAUAUUUUGUCACGCGACGUGGUGGAAAAGUUUCUUUCGUAUUUUGACGUUUUUAAACCGCUCAAGAUCGAUGAUGCUUACAUUGGUAUUUUGGCAAAUAAAGCUGGCGUAAAAGUGACUCAUAAUAAGGAAUUUCGUAUGUAUGAGAACCGUUGUGAAUACAAGGAAACCACUUUAGUGCAGCAUCCGGCGAGAGGAGAUUGCGCGUUGAAGCUUUACAAUAAAAUGAUCGAAGGUAUAUUGAAUAAUUAAUGUUGGAUUAGAAUUAAAGGUGAAUGUAGGGAAUUAAUCUUAAUAACAAUAUAAGGAAAUUUAUUCUGUAUAUUUAAAAAAAUUAAAGCUCAUUUGAAGGCAGGUAAUUAAAACACGUAAAAAAUGGUGAAUUUUUUUAACAAUUAGCAACCUUCAGAGGUGUCUUUUGUUUAAUGGGAGAAGGACUCAAGGAUGGAAAUCACAAUUUUCAUUGAAACAGCUUCUGCAAGACAAGAUUUAAAGUGGUCAAGAUUAUUGUACAAUGUAGAGCUUAUGAUUUUGCAGGCAAUCAACAGCUUAUUAUGAGCAUUAUCAACUAUUAUAGAAUUAUAUUUGUUUCACACAUUUACAAAAUUUAACUCUAUUCAUAUUUAUAGCUUAACUUUUUCCAAGCAUUUAAUUAGAGGAUACAAUAAAAAGGGGAGUAAAGAAAGGUAGAGAUCUGUGGACAUGUGAAAAUUAUUUCCUACCAAGAUUUCCAUGAUUUUUGCUGUUUUUACUAUUCUAAUUUCUCCACUCAUCAGGCAUCUGUCAUAGGCUAUGUGACUAAGAUAGGCUAUACGACUAAGAGAAGUGUGAAUGAUCCAGAACUGGUCUGUGCCUAUUAUGUUAUAAUUAAUUAACUGAGUAAGAACUCUGCUGGUUGCUCAGUCAUCAUUAUAACUCAAAUGUGACCAGUUGUGACAGGGUUUAUUUCAGAAAUAUUUCAGGUGUUCAUAGCUUUCUGGAUCAGAAAGUAACUUUUUUUGAGCAGCCCAUGUUAACAAAACAGAAGUUGUUAAUCAAAUAGAUUUGUACACUGUUUGGUAAUUUUAA